UUUUGCCUCUGGUCCCUUUCUAGCCGGGCUGUUGGCUGUGUCUAGCGUUCCUGGGAAGCUCUGGAAAGUAGUAUGUUCUCCAGAAGAUGGGAAUGGUGUUCAGUUCUGCAACUGCUACUGCUGCCUCUCCUGGUGACUGGCAUUCCAGGUCAUUCAGAAUCUGAGACGAUCACCAGGGCCUCCGGCAGCAACGUGACUCUGCAAAGCUCCAAGAAACUGCUCGAUAACUUCACACAUGGCACCUGGUUUUACACUACCAACCAGAAGAUUGUGGAAUGGGACCCAAAAGAAGUUAACUACUUCAACACUAAAUUUAAACACAGGAUCAGACUUGAUAAUCAAAGUGGUGCAUUACAUAUCUAUAACAUCCAGAAAUCGGACAGCAGUACUUACAUCUUGAGAGUAUCAGAGGAGGACGAAGAUGAACGCGAGGUCAAGAUAAUCUUGAAGGUGUUUGAUCCUGUACCCGAGUUUGUGAUACAAAUUGAGACAACCAAGGAAGUGGGUGACAACUGUUAUAUGAAUCUAUCCUGUAGAAUACCAGACCCAUCUGUUGACUACACUUGGUAUGGAGACUCAGGCUCCUUUCCAAAGGAACUCCACAGAAGUGUGCUUGAAGUCACCCUUACACCACAGAACCAGUCCAAGUUUUACACCUGUCAAAUCAGCAAUCCUGUGAGCAGCAAGAACGACACAAUCUACUUCCUUCCACCCUGUACUCUGGCCCGAUCCUCUGGAGUAACCUGUAUUGUAAUUUGGCUAGUGAUCUUGGUACCCACCAUUCCUGUCCUGCUACUCACCUGAAAUGAUUCCUCCAACUCAAGAAGGAAACUUCCAGGCCAGACAAUCUUUCCUUCACCAGCAACCAUGACCUUAGCCAGGACAGAAGCUCCAGCUAUGUGGGAUGAGACAAAGUAUAUUAUUGAAGCUUUUCAAUUAACUUUUGACAACUCAUUAUAUAACCCUGUGCCACAAAAACUUACUGAUAACUUGACUGCAUUAAGAGACUCUUGGAGAGGUGAUUGGACCAUGGGGACCUUAUAUUCAGCGGUAGACCAACCCCUGAUAUUCAUGGCUGAGUGUACUGUUAGAAAUUGGGGCCCAGUUGGAGGUGGGCCAUUGGGGGCGUGCCUGGUGCUCUUCCCCUAUGCACUGAUUCCUGGCUGCUACGAAGUGACAAGUUUUGCUCCACUCUGCUCCUUUGCCAUGAAAUUUCUGCCUGGGAGCCAGCCAAUCAGGCAGUGAAACCUCAAAAAGUACGAACUCGAAUAAACUUCUCCUCCUUUAA